AUGGAACAGCCGUCGACCUCAAUGCUACGCCAGUUCGAGGAGCCGGCCGUCGUGGGUCUGCAGCCCUGGCAGACCGUGGAGGCGGUUAUCAGCGGCAAGCACUUCGGUAUUGCAGGCAGUCCCUUCGCGGUGCUGAACAUGGGAAACGCCUUAUUUCCGACUCCCAAGGGGAUGAUGCAGAUCACCUUUAACGGACAGCAGAUCGCGCAUCUGAUGCGGGUGUUCGGAGGAAUGCAAUGGUGCCGAUUCACUUUGAAUCUUGGGAGCAUUUGA